AUGGUAGUCGAACCAAGUAAAUCGGGCAUGGCCGACAUCCCGUUGAAAACGAAUCUGACUCGGAAGAGCGCCUUCUCAUGUGAGGCCUGCCGCAAGCGCAAGGUAAAAUGCAACGGUGCCAGUCCGUCGUGUUCGCGUUGUGCAGCUCGCGGGGAAACGUGCGUUUAUAGCUUAGCUCCGACCCUAUCGUACACCAAGCAAUUAGAAGCUCGAGUCGCACAGCUGGAAGAUGCUCUGGCCAAACUGCGGGGUCAGCAGCUGUCCGAGACAAACGUUCGGAAAGCAGGCUCACCGUCGUCGGCGGGUGAGUCCAGUUCGAGUCCACGUCCUUGGACCAGGAUAAAGGAGGAAGAGGGAAACGAGCCUAGCUUGGCCAGGGACUUUGAAGGUCUCCGGAUCGAGCACGAUGGCCGAAUAUCUUUCCACGGUCCUACCAGCUUGUUUCAGCUCCCGAGUGGUGUUUUGAGCGAGACCUCGUCAUCUUCCAAUCUUGCCAUGCAGCUAGAGGGACGGAAGGAAAGGCUCAUCAACAAUGCUUGGAGAGAGAGGGCAUUUGAGCAGCUGGCUGCCAUGCCGGAACCAUUCCAAUAUCUUCUUGACUCUCACUGGUGCUGGAUUCAGCCACUUUUCAACUUCGUUUACCGACCUGCGUUUACUCGCGAUAUGAAAAUCAAUGGUCCUUAUUAUUCGGAUACACUUCUUAAUGCAAUUCUCUCUCAUUCGGUACGAUGGUGCAAGGCUGAACCCAAAAUUGGCCCCAUCCUCGAAUCCUUCGAUGGCGGCGCUCAAUUCUCUCACCGCGCUGUGUCGGGGUUGUAUGAUUCGUUAAAAGUCGGCUAUGCUGGCAUUCCGACCAUCCAGACGUUGCUCCUGCUCAGUGCACAGGAGUGUGGGCGAGGAAAUCGAACACAAGCAUGGCUGUACAGUGGCAUGGCCUUUCGAUUGUUGGACGAUCUCGGUAUCUCCAUUGAUAGUCGCAAGUAUCCGGAUUCGGCUCAAUUGAGCGACGAAGACAUUGAGAUUCGGAACCGCCUCUUUUGGAGCUGUUAUUUCUGGGACAAGCUGGUGUCAUUGUACUUUGGCAGGUCGCCAACCAUGCAGAACUCUCACGUCAGUCCCCCGCGAACUAUAUUGGAUGAUACGUCUGAAAUCGAGAUCUGGACUCCUCAUGGGGUUAUUUUCCCAGAAGGCACUCACUAUCCGCCGACCCAGGCUCAUUCUACAUCAUGUUUCAUGAGGAUGUGUGGAUUGGCGGAGAUCCUGAAUGAGAUCUUGAUUCAUAUUUACGAUCCUAUUCGACAGGUGUCUGAAGCAGAGUUCCAUAGUUGCGUCCAGGAGCAGGCGAGGAAUUUGGCAGAAUGGUGGGAUGAGUUGCCAGACUACCUGAAGCUGGUGGCUAUGGAGCUACCUCCAUACUCGCCACCAAGCCAUAUCGUGAUUUUGAACUGCUUGUAUCAUACGAUCAACAUCCUCCUUCAUCGUCCGAUCCUUUGUUCAAAGAGAAACCGCGAGGCAUACGAUAAAAGUCACCUGGUCCAAUGCAUGACGUCGGCGACUGCCAUAUUAUCGCUAUACGACCUCUACCGUCGUACCUUUGGCGACGCGCAUGUCGUGCUCUCAUUAGCAUAUAGCGUGUACACGGCUGCAUCGAUAUUCCUGCUGGAAAUCCAGGCCCUAAAAUAUGCAGCGCCCGGUACACUCAACAAACUGAAGUUUUGCAUCCUUGCACUCGAGCGAGUCAAGGUUUCAAGUCCUGUCAUCACCACAGCCCUAGGCCUCAUAUACCAAGAACUGGAGAAACUCCGAAUUGACAUCCACAUCCAACUUCCACCGCCGCAGCCCGAACAUCCACGCUCACAACCAACCUCGCAACCAACCUCGCAACCACACUCACGAACUCACAGUCAAUCCCCCAGCCAGCACCCCGGCCAGCCCACUCUAAAUCUGGGCAGCGGCUCCCGUCACGUCUCCCCGGCCCGCCAGGCACCAACCAUACCAACCUCCAUCCCCGCGCCGCGCGUCACAAACGCACCCCUGCUACACCAGGGCUACGCAUUCCAGCAACCCGUCGCGGAUUUUGAGCUGUCCCAGACGGGGGUGCCGCCCAUGCCAGCGACGCAUCUACUCGGCGGCAUACCCGACGCGGUGAUGACGCUGGACAAUCCGGGUUCCUACGAGAUUACGCCCGAGGUAUUCGAAGCGUUCUCAUAUGCGGAGCCCAUCACGACUAACAUGACGUCUGCAUUUGAGUCGGGGUGGAGCAGGACAGGAUGA